UAACCAGGAGUGCGAGAUGACCUCCGUCGCCCGGCACGUGAGGGGGUUGGAGUUGAAGGUCAUCUUACUUCUACUAAUAGUUACAGUUAAAGGCGAAGGGGAAAGCAACGCAGACGCUGCACCUCAGGAAACCCCAGAGCAGUUCCUGUUUUCUUAUGGAGUGAAUGAUGACAAAACCGGCAAUAGCUUUGCUCACCAACAAGCUACAGGUGCCCAAGGCACCCAGGGCGAGUAUCGGGUCGCUCUUCCAGAUGGACGAACUCAGGUCGUGAGCUACACGGCUGACGAGAACGGCUACAACGCUGUUGUUACAUACGAAGGUGUCGCAGUUCACCCUGAGAUCAGUUACCGACUGGUGAGGUCGAAUCACGUCGACCUGUUCCAUCCAGUCCUCAUCCAUCUAGACAACGUCCUGUUAUCACAUCUCUUCCCAUACGUCACCCUCCUACCAAUCACCCUCACGAGGAUCUGCUUCUUAUUCAUCCCACCACACCUGCACCUCACUUCUUGCUAUAAUCCGAUCUUUCCAGUGACGGAUCUAGCAAUUGAUGUACCUAUUUUUCAAGAUCAGGCACAUCUGCAAAAUCUCGAGCAUUCGCCUCCACACCAUCUGCCAGGCCCUAACUUUUCUCCUCAUAGGACUCCAAAAUUACGUCGAUCUAAACCAGUUGUCCCCAAACCAACCCUUAUCCCUACUCAUGGUCCACCUCAGUCAGGAUUUGAUUUUCCUCUUGGUACUUCUCCCGGAAAUCCUCUUUUCACAGGACUUCAUGAACAGCAGUUCUUUGAUGGACCCCUUCACUUUCCACAGGGCAAUUCUCAUUCUAAUCCUGCUUUCCAGCAACUUCAGGACAUUCAUGGGCCCUCUCUUCAAGCUUUCCCUAACACAGUCUUUCCUGAAGGUAAUGAUCUUCAGAAUGUUUUCAUUGACAUUCCAAAAAUAAAUCCAAAGCAAUCAAAUGGAUUCGAACUUGACCAGACAACAGACUUGUCCUUGUUCAUUCCUGAAGAAGAUCUUCAUAAUGGUAACUUUCCUGGAAUUGUGUCAACUUCUCUUCCCCUUCAUCAAGUACCCAUUGAUUCACAAGGAGGCUUUCUUAUAGAUGGAGGGCAUCCAUUCAGUUUCUCUAGUACACCAUCCCCACACCAUUCAGGUCAUAUCCCAGACGAAAUCACAACUGUAAGGCACCACGGAACACCAGUUCAUAAUCCCGUCCAGUCGCCAUUCCAUCCUGUAAGCCCAGUUCCCCAUCACAGCACUUCUUUCUCCCAUCAUGUUAGUGCUCCCCUUAUUCACAGUCCACAGCCACAUCAUGGCCUAUCUGUGACACACCAGGAAAUACCUAUUCAUCACCCUACUAUUUCUGUGCCUCAUCAUGGCGCUCUUGUUUCAAACCAUGAUUUCGAUAUCCUUCAUCAUGGUUCCCCUGUUCCCAUCCAUGAUCAUGAUAAUCAAUUGACAGUGGUAUCUGGACAUGGUAAUCCUGCAUCCUCCCAUGACCAUGGUAUUACUCCAACAACAUUCCAUCCCCCAUUUUUGGGUAAACAACUUUCCCAGCGUACGACUCCAGAUCCACACUUUGGAAGCCCGGCUCAACCUCCGCAACAUGGAGGCACAUUCAUAAAACAUGGAAUUCCUGCCCCUAUUUUCACGAGUCCAGCUCCACAUCACGAGAAUGUAUUCUUGCAUCAGGGAACUCCUGUGCCACACUUUACGAGUGCAACUCCGCACCAGGGAGGUUCAUUUGUACAUCAUGGCAUUCCUCUCCCAGCCCCACAUCAUGAAAGCUCAGUCUCACAUCAUGGAAGUCACGCACCCCUGAUCUCAAGUCCAGUCCCACUUCAUGGAACCUCUUUUUCACACCAUGGAAAUCAACUUCCAUUGAUUUCAAGUCCUGCUCCUCAUCAUCACAGUUCAAUUUCACAUCAUGGAAAUCCCUUCCCUCUGAUAUCAAGUCCAGUCCCUCAUCAUGGAAAUUCACUUCAUGGAAGUCCUGGCCCUUUGAUCUCAAGUCCAGCCCCUCAUCAUGAAAGCUCGUUUUCACAUCACGGAAGUCCUGGCCCUUUGAUCACAAGUCCAGCCCCUCUUCAUGAAAACUCAUUUUCACAUCAUGGAAGUCCCAUCCAACAUCAUGAAAGUACACAUCAUGGAAGUCCUGUUCCUUUGAUCUCAAGUCCAGCCCCUCAUCAUGAAAGCUCGUUUUCACAUCACGGAAGUCCUGGCCCUUUGAUCACAAGUCCAGCCCCUCAUCAUGAAAGCUCCUUUUCACAUCAUGGAAGUCCUGGCCCUUUGAUCACAAGUGCAGCCCCUCUUCAUGAUAGCUCAUUUUCACAUCACGGAAGUCCCAUCCAACAUCAUGAAAGUUCACAUCAUGGAAGUCCUGUUCCUUUGAUCUCAAGUCCAGCCCCCCAUCAUGGAACUUCUUUUUCACAUUUUGUGAGUCCAGCCCCCCACCAUGGAAGUUCUUCAUCGCACUUGGUUUCCCACCAUGGAAACCCAGUUCCUCUGAUCUCAAGCCCAGCUCCACUUCAUGAAAGCUCAAUUUCUCACCAACAAAGACCCAUUACUCAUAUUUCAUCUCCUUUUCCAAGCCAUAAUGAGUUUGUUUCACACCACAGAAGUCCCACACCUAUUAUUUCAAGUCCAGCCCCACAUCACCAAAUUUCACACCAUAGAAGUCCUGCUCCUCUAAUCUCAAGUCCAGCACCACAUCAUGAAAUUUCACACCACAGAAGUCCUGCUCCUCUACUGUCAAGUCCAGCUCCACAUCAUGACAUUUCACACCACAGAAGUCCUGCCCCUCUACUCUCUAGUCCAGCCCCGCAUCAUGACAUUCCAGGUUCCCACUUCAGAAAUUCUUUUCCUUUUAUAUCUAGCCCAGUCCCACAUCAUGGAAUAGGACAAGGCACCCCUAUCCCUCACAUAACAAGUCCAGCUCCACAUCAUGGAAGCCCAUUACCACAUCACACUGAGGGCAUUCAUCAUUCACCCACUCCAUCGACACCUCCUUUCUUGUCUUCAACCUUCCGCCCGACGGGACCUGAAGCCUUCAUCCCAAGUCCACUUGAGCAUCAGGCGACCGUGAGGCCCUUGACAUUCUCGAGACCUAGGGGCGCUAACUUUCCCUCCUCUGGGAAGAGGGGGAACCGCAGGAGGAAUAAUUUGCCCAAAACCCUUUCGCCGUUUUUCCCCGGGGGACAAACUCUUGACAGGGAGCAGGUUCUGCGCCAUAAGGGCGUCUCUAGAUCGUCGAGAUCGUUUUUAAGAAAAAGAAACGCGAAGACCAACUCUUGAAAUAGAAGACCAUUUUAUCGAUUGUUACUUGUUGGCAAGUGGCUCAAAUCCCAAGUGUUAGCGGAAAGCGACAAUCUAUGCAUGUACAUUAUAUGAAAGAUAUCGCAAAUUAUUUUUGUAUAUGAGUGUUUGUCCUCUUCUCCCAUUUUCUUUGUUUAUAACCUUUGUACCAUAUGAAACGAAGUUUAUUGUUUAUAUUACUCAAUAAAACCGUGCUAAUAUACUUUUAGGUCGAU